AUGGAGGACGCGACGGCGACGACGCUGGCGACGGAGCUCGACGGGCUGCUGGCCAUGGCGAGGGAGCUGGAGGCGCGGGUGGGCGCCGACCAGGGCGUGCCGGGUGCCGCGAGGGAGCUCUGCGCCGCGCUGGCCGCGUCCGUCGACCGGGCCGUGCGCCUCGCCGGCCGUAGCGGCAAUGCCGGCGGCAGGGCGAGCGUGAACGGCCAGCGCAGGAGCGGCAGGAAGGCGGCGGCGGCGAAGGUGCGGACGCAGGUGCGGGUGGCCUCGAUGCAGGACCUGGGUCCGCUCGACGACGGGCUCAGCUGGCGGAAGUACGGCCAGAAGGACAUCCUCGGCGCCACGUACCCCAGGUCCUACUUCCGGUGCACGCACCGGCACACGCAGGGCUGCGCCGCCACCAAGCAGGUGCAGCGGGCGACGGCCGACCCGCUGCUCUUCGACGUCGUGUACCACGGCGCGCACACCUGCGCCCAGACCGCCGUCCUGGCCGGCAUGGAGCAGCAGCAGCCGCCUGCUGCCUUCGGCCAGGAGCCGCAGAGCCCGCCGGAAGAGGUUCAGUGGCCGGCAGAGCCCGUGACUCCGUUUUCCUUCCCCUCCUGCUGCCACCUUACCGGGAGCUACGGCUACGCGGCGGCGGGCGGCGGCCUCGGAGUUGACAUGGAGCUUGAAGAUCAACUCGACGAGCUGUUCUUGGACGUGUCAGGGAUUUUCUAA